GAUGAUGAUGACGACGACGUCGACGAUGAUGAUGAUGACAUCGACGACGAGGACGAGGACCACCACGAGCCACCAAAACGCCUCACUCAACUGACCCACAGGGGCAUGGCUGCGCACAUCCUGCAACGGCAGCUCGGCGGCAUGCCACGCGGAGGGCGCUCAUAUCUUCCCACGCCCACCUCCGACUGGCGCUCGGAGACGGCUGCCUUCCACUCUGGCCCACAGGACAUUCAUUAUUCUACCAGCCAUGACGGACAUCCACGGUGUAUUCCCUUCUGUGCCACAGCAUGUAACAACAGCAGCCUGGUCGCAAUCGGAGACGAGGAGGGCCGCGUGCGUAUACUCGACACGUCGCCCGCCUCCAAGUUCGAUAGGAUUCAUGUGUGCUUCCAGUCUCACAAUAACGCCAUUAUCGACCUGGCCUUCUCCCCCGACGACACCCGCAUUGCCACCGCGUCAGGCGACCAGACGGGCAAGGUGAUUGACAUGAUGACCCAGGCACCCAUCUCGAUAUUAGGCCAGCACACUGCCUCGCUGAAGCAGGUCCGCUUCCAACCCGGCCGUGGAGGCGGCCACGUCCUUGCCACGUCCUCUCGCGACGGGAGCAUCCAGAUCUGGGACCUCCGGUGUCAUGGCGGCCCUGUUCAUGAUUCCAUCACGCUCGAGAGGGAUGCUGGGUUGCGAUACACCACGCCGAGGCACAUCACCUCGGGCUGUGCGGUGAAUUCCUUCUUCGGCGCACAUGAGGUUAUGCCACGCCACCAGACCCGCUCCGUCGCUGGCCUGAGCACCAGCGCCCUGGGCACAACCACAACCACUACAGACCACGCAGACGUCGCCUUCAGAGGAGAGGUGCUCGGCCGCCUCAGCGACGUGUCUGUCACGGCUAUCCACUGGCUCCCUGCGGGCCGUGAGCAUCUGCUCCUGUCUGCCUGCGAGGCUGACGCGAGCAUCAAGCUCUGGGACAUUCGAACCAUCCACACCUCUCGCUCCCACCGCGCGCCCGUGCCUCUAGGUUACACAGCACCUCCAACCAGCCACACCAACUGGCGCCACUUUGGCGUCUCCAGCCUGUCGCUCUCCAGUGACGCGAGUCGCCUCUACGCCCUCUGCAAGGACAAUACCGUGUACGCCUACUCCACCUCCCACAUGGUCCUGGGUCCGUCGCCUUCUGGGAGCACGGGUAGUCAUAGCUUCGCCUCGUCCAGGAAGCCGAAGCACGCCCCUGCUGAGCAAAUGUCCGGGCCCUUGUACGGAUUCCGGCACGACAACUUCCACGCGACGAGCUUCUAUAUCAAGUCCUCCCUGCGGCCCGCCCAGGACGGCAGAAGCGAGCUUCUAGCCGUCGGCAGCGCGGACGGGACGCCCAUCCUGUUCCCCACGGACGAGAGAUACUUCAGGAGCGCCAUUGAGGCUGGGACGCUGAACAGCCAAAACGGCCCCGAUGCCACGUUCACCGCUACUGCCACUGUCAAGAACACGACCUCCGCCACAACGAACACCUUCUUCUCGUCGUCGUCGUCGUCCUCCGCAGCCAGCUCGAUUCCUGGGUCUCGCAGCACGCGUACCUCCAUGCGGUUGACCAGCGCGGACCGUAGGGAUCAGGAUAUCCCCAUCAUCCGAUCGGUCGGUGGCGUUAGCUACGGAACGCCGCUGGUACGCGGUCACGGCAAGGAGGUCGGCGCGCUGGCGUGGGCACGCGGCGGCAGCCUGGUCACCAUCAGCGACGACUACCUCAUCCGGUGCUGGCGGGAGGACGAUGGCGGCGCCAAGGCGAGGGACCUACGAGUGAAUGGCGAAACUGAGGGGCGCAGGUGGGCCCGUGGAUGGGCCGCAGUGGAUGCAGAGUGGGAUGAGGAUGAGUAG